GCGCGACCAACUUCAGGCGGUUGUUUGAGUUUGUUAAAAACUUCAUAUAUGGGCAACAAAGUGCUGCGGAGAUACGGAGAGUUCUCGCGCGAUUCCGUUGGGGCAGCGUGAUGCUCUUCGCAGAGUACGUGAUACCCAUCGAUUCGUGGUGCGGGAACGCCGAGAGGGACGCGGUUUCGCGACGUACGCGUACGCGCGCGGCACAAAUUUUUCCGCAAAAUAACCUAACCAUCUUUCUGUCUUUCUCCUGCACGCGCGCGCGCGCGCGCGCGACACUUUCGCGCUACGACGCGCCGUCCAUAAAAUUCAGUUUCAUCUUGCCUUUUCAGAUUGUGUAUACGUUGCGUUCUGCUGCACGAUCGACCAUGAGUUUCCCUUAAGUCCCCGAACGCGCUAUCGAACUCGCGCGGUCGACGCGGCCUCAUUUGUCGCAACCUAACACCAUGGCUCUGUCACGUCGUGGAAGGCGGGACCUCAGAAUCAACGUUUCCGACGAAGCACCCGUGACAGUGUAUGUAUAGAAGCGAUGACAACUUCCUUGGACACUGUCACAGUGUAUUGUAUGUUAUGACACCGCCAAGGAAUUUAGACAAACGGACUACUAUUACUAUAGAUGAUAAAACGUUUGUUGUGGAAGCUGACGAUUUGGAAACGCUUUGUGUACUUGGUCGUGGAGCAUAUGGGAUUGUUGACAAGAUGCGACACAAGCAAAGUGGCACAAUUAUGGCAGUGAAGAGAAUAACUGCCACAGUUAAUACACAAGAGCAAAAGCGGCUACUUAUGGACUUAGAUAUUUCUAUGCGUAGUUCAGCAUGUUCUUAUACAGUACAAUUUUAUGGAGCCUUAUUUCGCGAAGGAGAUGUAUGGAUAUGCAUGGAAGUGAUGGAUAUGAGCCUUGAUAAAUUUUAUACAAAAGUUUACAAACAUGGCCGUGCCAUUCCUGAGGAUAUUUUAGGAAAAGUGGCUUUUGCAGUAGUAAGCGCAUUGCAUUACCUCUAUUCACAAUUACGGGUGAUUCACAGGGACGUUAAGCCUAGUAAUAUACUAAUCAAUCGAAAAGGUGAAGUGAAAAUUUGUGACUUUGGUAUAUCCGGUUACCUCGUGGACUCGGUCGCCAAGACCAUCGAUGCCGGGUGUAAACCAUACAUGGCUCCAGAAAGGAUAGAUCCAUCGGGUAACCCGUCGCAGUACGACAUUAGAUCAGACGUCUGGUCGUUAGGGAUUUCCUUCGUUGAAUUAGCCACGGGUAAAUUUCCGUACGAGUCGUGGGGCACGCCGUUCGAGCAACUGAAACAAGUGGUGAAGGACGAAGCUCCAAAGUUACCUGCCGAGAAAUUCUCCUCUUCGUUCGAGGAAUUUAUUAAUAAGUGUUUAAUGAAGGACUACACUGCCCGUCCAAACUACAGUCAAUUACUGGAACUCAGCUUUAUCACAGAACACGCUCAGAAAGAUAUAAAUGUGGCAGAAUUUGUCGGAGAGAUUCUAGACUUACCGGAGAACGAGCAGCCGGCAUAGUGCAUACGUCACUUCGACAUAGCUUGUAAUGUAACUUGACCUGCAACUUCAGUCUUAGUGAGACAGUCAUUUAAUCGCAUCUCUUCAUAUGUAAUUUAUAUUAUCAGAUUGUUCAAUCAUGUAUUGAAGUGUAACGCACUUGAAUGGUUAUUCUUUUAUUUAUCAUGUCUCUUAUUAAUUUUUAUUGUAUCGGUAGCAGUUUUACCGGCAAUUGUGUAGUGUCUUCGAGUUUGGCCUGAAAAAGUAACUAUUCACACCACUCCCCUUUAUCAUAUUGAAGCAAGUUAUACAAAGUAGCAAGUAGAUGUUUUUUUACAUAAUGUAGCGAUAUAAGUUAACAGUCGUCACAUUGGUAAAAAGUAAAUAAGCAAAAUAUUAACAACAGCAUCUCAUUAAUAUAUACAUUUUUAAGAAUAUAGAUUAGGAGACCGAGAUGAAGUUGUAAUAUUGAGAAAUGGUACGGUGUAAUCAAAUGUCCAUAAUCAAAAUGGUAUCCGUCUAAAAUGUAGUCCUCGAUUUGUGGAUUGUCAGUAAUGUAAUAAAAUUUACAUUAAUAAUAUAUAUUAACGUUUGAAUUAUAUAUAUGUGCAUAGUGUAAAAUUAAUAUUAUACGCGAUGUGGGAGUCUCGUAGAAGAGUUCUCGAUUUUUUUUAUAUAUGAUCUAGAACUAUAAUGUAAUUGAUCUUAAAUAAACGAUCAUUUAAAUGGCCUCGGUAUGUAUAACA